UUUUGGAAUGGAAAAAUUUUGUACAGAACAAGCUAACCUCAACUUCCCCAUUAUCAAGGAAGUGACAAGGCAAGCGCAACAAAAACAAGAGCCACAGAAUGACUAAAGCAUAAAAAGACUGAAGGGCUGUUUAUCAGCACAGUUCAUGCUGAGAAGGUUCAGGCUGUAUUAGACUCCAAGAAAAUCAAACAUGGGUGGCGAUAAGUGAAGUGACUUGGGCUCCAACCGGUUGGUGUGUUGCAGCGGUCUGUGGAAAAGCCAGGUGCACAUGCUAAAUCUGAGAAUACAGGCGCUAGGAUAAAGAACUGUUCAGCUAUAAAGUAAUGAGAGAACCGUUCUGAGGGAUUUGUUCCUGAACUCAAGUGGACCAGAAUCUGUGAUCCAGUAUGGGCAACAUCUGGCCAAGUCAAGUCCCAAUAUCAGUGGAUGGAGAUGACACCAUAAUCAGCCCUGACCCCGUGCAGAAGAACGACAGCCUGGUCGUUCUGUGCGACUACCCCCCAGCUGAUGUCAGUGUGCCUCUCUUCAGGACAGGAGAGCAACUGAGACUGCUGGCCGAAGAGGGCUACAGAUGGAAGGUGUGUUCGAUCCGAACCGGAAUGGAAAACUACAUCCCCAACCAACAUGUGGCCAAGGUCUAUCACGGCUGGCUGUUUGAAGGGGUGGCGCGGCCUAAAGCGGAGGAACUGCUCCGUCUGCCUGGAAACAGAAUUGGCUCAUUCAUGAUAAGAGAAAGCAAAAGAGGUGUGUACUCUCUGUCGGUACGCCACAGAUCAAUUGUACAUUACCGUAUCUUCCGCCUUCCCAACAACUGGUACUACAUCGCACCUCGGCUCACCUUCCAAUGCUUAGAGGACCUGGUCAACUACUACUCCGACUGUGCAGACGGCCUGUGUUGCCUGCUCACCGCGCCUUGCCUGGCGGUAACCAACAGCAACCUGAACCUGGCCUCCAUUCCGCCCCCGGUGAUGAUGCGCAACAACUUCGACUGGAAAGACGUCAACAGCUCGGAACUGAUGGAUCAGCCCAGCUGUUACACCAGCAACAUGGAGUCUAAGAUCAGCUUCGGCCUACGGCACAGCGUCCUGUCCUACAUGUCCCUGGCAGGGACGGAAGAGGUGACCAAAAACAGCGCCUGGGGGAGGAAGACGAGGAGCAGUGUGUGUGUGGCCCGCCAACGAGGCAGUGGAACCGGCACACCCCCUGAUGAAGAGGAGGAGGAAGACGAGUGGGUCUAUACAGAGCCAUCCUCCUGAACCCCUCAGAUGGUGUGGAGAGAGCACGCUAGUCCUCAGCCAAACCUAUUCGAAUGCAGAUGAAAAAGUAGCCUGACUUUGUGACGUCCAUUAGUGUGAGAACACUGCUUAGGGAUGGUAGGUCGCUCCUCUGACCAUUACGCUCUUCGUGUGGCUGCGGAGAACACUGCAUUAAGGUGCGCAGAUCCUCCGACAGGCCAACAGCCUGGACCGCGUCGAGGAAGCGGGGGAACAUUAAAGACAAAAGCUGUGAUACUGCAGACAUUUAUACCCUGGAGGGUAACAGAGUUUUACUGUAUGAACUGGGUGGGAAACUAUAUUGUUGUGAUGGGAUCCCACCCCUGUUGUGAUUGGAUCCCACCCAUGUUGGGAUGGGAUCCCACCCCUGCCCUUCAAAUAGCAUUAAUUACAGAGGGAUCAGAAAUCUACAGACAAACUCAGUCCAAGCCCUAUUCCCUCUCUAGAGCAUUACUUUCAAUAGGGCUUUGUUCACGGUAGGAACCCUGAGAAAGCAGGGGUACUGAUGUAUCGAGAAGGUCAGGUCACACAUUUCCCAGGUGCCAAAGCAUGUGAUCACCCUCCUCUAUUCUGGAUUUGUUUUGGCUGCUUUAAUGGUCAUUUUCCUGCAAGUCUCCGCAUUUUGGCUUGGGAUAGUGUACUAGCUGCAGGUUUAGAGUUCAUUCCCUUUAUCUCCACACACUUCUGUGUGUGUGUUCAUAUGAUACCAGGGGUCAGUGAGGGUCAGAGGUCAUCUCACCAUGAUACCAGGGGUCAGUGAGGGUCAGAGGUCAGCUCACCAUGAUACCAGGGGUCUGUGAGGGUCAGAGGUCAGCUCACCAUGAGUAUCAUCCUACGGAAGAGAGACGAGGCGGAGGCAGAGGUGAGAUGGAGGCUGGCCACGUCGGCUUCGCUCCGCUCGGCACCAACCGUCACCAGCCCCGGGUCCCCUCCAAACACCCUGACGUUCUCCUGGAUCCACUUUAGAGCCGCCACUUGGUCCCAGAGACCCGCGUUCCCAGGGACGACGCCGGAGCCUCGAGGAAUUUCAUUCACAUUGCAAUUUAAAUCAAUUUUAUUUUCAAAUGUUAUUUUACAUCCGCAGACUUCACAAAGGGCUUAUACAGAUACCCAGCCUAAAACCCCAAACAGCAAACAAGAUGUUUCAUGAGACCUUUCAGGGGUUAAUUAAAAAACAUUCAUAAUACAUUUUAAAGGUACUUUUGUGUUAACAUGUGUUGUUGUUUCCAAACAGAGAGCCUAUGGAUGUUAAAUUAAAUUUACAGUUUUAGGUGUAAAAAUCAAUUCUACAGAUAUACACCAUAUUAUGUUUUUUCUGUCAUAACUGCAAUUGUCUACAUCAUUUCCCGAAUACACAACCAAAGCAGUUAUUCUAGUUAGGUCCAAAAGCUGCACCGAAGUCGAUGGAGACUGUAAUCAUCCACUAAGUAUGGACCAAGAAACUGUUGGAUACAUUUCAAAUGUAAUUUCACAAGACCCUAGUGAAAAUUUGAGUACGGUCAGCAAGAGCAAAACAGUAAGAUGCAACUUCUGGUGUCAGUGGGACUUUUCACAACACUUUGGCUGUGUACUUUAGAACAGCUCUUGACUACAGAAAAAUAGGAGGGAGAGACACCUGAGGCCAGUACUUAAGACAGGAAGUAUUUUUUUUGUAUUACAUGGUCUUACGUAAUCUCUAGCGCUGAUGUCAGCAAAAUGAAAGUGCCAUGUUGGACAGUGAAGCAUGCAACAGUUUAACAUUUAUUAGUAGUUCUCGGUGAAAUGACCUCACAACGUUUUACAUCUUUCACUAUCUUUCUGGGUUUUUUAUAUUUGUGUGUUAUAAAUAAAACCUGUGUAGUUGCACUCAUUCA